UUCCUUAUGACCCUUCAGCAUUAUAACUACUGCUGCCAUUUUUUCUCUGCCGCCUGUAUCCCUCACACAUCAGAAGCAAAAUGGCAUCCGGAGUAAAAGUGAGCGACAAGGUGAAGGAUAUCAUCAACGAAAUGAAAGUCGUGAAGAGCGAUGCUGACCAGAACGAGAGAAUAAGAGUGGUGAUAUUUAAAAUCAGCGACGGCCUAAUCAAUGUGGAGAACGACCAGAUUUUCCGGGAAAAGGACCUGAAAGAUGAGACAGACGUCUACAAGUUCUUCCUGAGCAAGCUGGCUCCUAAAUCGUGCUGCUACUUGCUGUACGACUGCCACUUUGAAACCAAGGAAGCCAGCAAAAAAGAAGAACUGGUCUUUGUGAUGUGGGCUCAUGAAUCUGCAACCAUCAAAGAAAAAAUGCAGUACGCUAGCUCGAAAGACUCUCUUAAGAAGGUCUUGUCAGGCAUCAAACACGAGCUGCAGAUGACUGACCUAUCGGAUUACGGCACCAGGGAAGCUUUUGCAGAGAGAAUGGGGAAAGGCGUAAUCAGAGUGGAAGGCGUGGACGUGUCACGUUCAUGAUGAAUUGAGCAACAAGCAAACCGUCUUUUCCCUGUUCAGUUAUGCUAAAUUUCAAUGGAUUCAAAAUGGAUGAUGACAACGCUUCCAUGUAGAGUUUGUUGUUUUCUUUUUUUGGAUUGGUUCAACAAAGCUUCAGGGAAAGGGAUGGGCUCUGGAUGAAAUUAGACUUCUAUAAAUCAAUCCUCUAAUAUCUGUGCCAUGCUAGAUUCUGUAGUCACAUCUGGCUCAGAUUAUGCUCUUUCAUUUGACAUUUAAAUUUCUCAAAUCGGUAGUGAUAUCUGUUCAUGUACAUAACUGUCAUACUGUAAAAUAACCAAAACAAUGCCUUACCUGAGUUUACUAGCUCAAAAUAGCAGGUUCUUCUGAGCAUGUUUUCAACUUUAUCAACACCUAAGAGUAUAGGAGGUUCUUUUUACCAAAGAAAAAACAACAGCAAAAGUUUCACUUAAACUGCGGCAGUUUAUUGUCAAAUAAAUCCAAUGCAACCAG